AUGUCCUCCGAGUCCGUCUCAGAAUGCGAGAGCAUCGACAACGGCGACACUUUUCUUGGCCUCAGAGUCGCCUCUGUCUUCAUCAUCCUCUUGUGCUCCACCUCUGGAGCGCUCUUCCCUGUUCUCGCGGUCAGAUCGAAGUGGCUGCACGUUCCAAAGGCUUUAUUCGACUUUGCGAAGUACUUCGGCUCUGGCGUCAUCAUUGCGACUGCGUUCAUUCACCUAUUGGCUCCAGCUUUGGAGGCACUCAGCUCAGAAUGUCUCGCCCCCGAAUGGCAGGACUAUCCAUAUGCCCUUGCCCUGUGUCUCCUCAGCAUCAUGACCAUCUUCAUUGUCGAACUCAUCGCCUUCCGCUGGGGAACAGCAAAACUAACGAGAAUUGGGGUUCAACAUGAUGCUCAUGGCCAUAGUGUCGGCUCCCACGCGGCUCAUGGACCUGAAAGCUCCAAGUUGGCUUUUGGCGGGCCCCCGCCAAAGAAUAUGUCGGAAGAUGGCCACAUUAGCGACGCAGAAAUCGGUGAGGUAACGACGAGCACAACUGCCGAUACAGCCGGUCAAAUAAUUGGUAUCGCCAUUCUUGAAUUCGGCGUCCUCCUCCACAGCAUUCUGAUUGGCCUGGCACUCGCGGUCGACGAAGAUUUCAAGGUACUCUUUGUUGUCAUCAUUUUCCAUCAAACGUUUGAAGGCCUUGGACUUGGCUCCCGUCUUUCGACUGUCCACCUUCCUGGCGCUCGGAAACUGACGGCAACCUGGGUGCCCAUCAUUGCUGCUAUUCUUUACGGCCUCUCAACCCCAGUCGGCAUUGCCGUUGGUCUCGCCAUCCGCCAUACGUACAAUCCGGGAAGUGCCACUGCUUCUAUCGUCAGCGGGGUUCUGGAUGCCUUGAGCUCAGGUGUUUUGAUGUAUACGGGUCUUGUGGAGCUUCUCGCACACGAAUUUCUAUUCAACAAGGAGAUGAUUCACGCAACUGACGGGAAACUGGCAUAUGCGAUUCUGUCAAUGCUAACUGGUUGCGGACUGAUGGCGCUUCUUGGACGCUGGGCAUAA